UGACGAUGGCGACGGUUCUUGCCGAACCGAACUCCUGGGUUGGGUUCAACACAUGGAGUAAGAAGCGUUGGAGUCGUCGUCCAGCUUCAAGAUUUCCGUUUCCAACCCAACUGAUUAACUGAUCACUUUGUGGUCUACGGAUUUAAUCCCUGUUCCCCGCACCCACGCCUACCUCCUCUGAAACGGGGAAUUUCCCCGCGAUUCAUGGAGUCGGGUCGCUAUUAUCUCCGGGGCCCGUUCAUUGCCUCCUUUCUCUGCUACUUCCAUUUCCUCGCCCCCUCCUCCGCCGUCCGCUCGCUACCGACGCUUCUCGGCGUCCAUCCUUUAGAUGAGCGGUACUUUGCUUUGGCGGUCAUCAAGUGCAAAGACGGAUCCGAUUCUUUCUCCAGGGACCGGCUCAAUGAUGAUUUCUGCGAUUGCGUCGACGGGACCGACGAGCCAGGGACUUCAGCUUGUCCUAGAGGAAAAUUUUACUGCAGGAAUGUAGGAAGUACUCCCAUGUUUAUAUUCUCUUCUCGUGUUAACGAUCAAGUUUGUGUGAGUUCCAUUUGGAUUUUGUUUGCAGAUUGCUGUGAUGGAAGCGAUGAAUACGGCAGUGGAGUCAACUGCCCCAACACAUGCAUCAUGGGGGGAGGUAGCUUGGAUUACAAGGCUGGAAACUAUCUCUCUUACCUCGAUGCUAAAAGAGCCAAAGACGCAAAAGGAAAAGAAUGGAAGCACCAAGCUGGUCUAGAGGAACUGUUGCUGAAGGUUACAGGGUUGAAGAUGGUACUACUUCUGCAAGGGUUUUUGGUUGCUUCAGUGGUGAUCUUCAAUUUAUUAAAGAGGCGCUUUAAGGCCAAGAGAAGGCGUCAUCAUCAUCAAUAGAUUGCUUCCCUUUAUGUUAGGUAAAGCUAUACUCUGCAAGAACCUCUCUCAAGUUCCCUACCCUUAUGCUUCAGAAUUUUUAUUCAUUAUCCUGUGCGAACUUAGAUGGAACCAUUGGUAGUAGGCAGUAGCAUUUCAGAAUUGACUGAUAAGGCUUUGAAAAUCGAUGUGAGGGAAGACUUAUGUUCUUCUUGUUAUACGUUCUACUGAUUGUAGAGUGUAAUCAACAUUACCUCAACUUUCCAUUUUAUUCUAACCUAGUCCUUUUCGUUAGUUUUCCGUGAAAUGCUUGUUAACGUGUAUGGGAAAUUAUCAAAUUGUUCUUCAAUGGAGACCCUAAACUAUG